GUUCAGAUAGUCACAGGCUCAUACGAGCGGGUCCUCCAUGGUAUCGCUGCUACCAUUCCAAGGGCCAAAUUAGACACUCCUUCAACAAGCGACUCGAGCGAAUCGGAUGUGGCCUUCUCGGACAAUUUCCUUUUUGCCGCACAUUCUUCCGCAAUUCGUUGUUUGGCCAUCUCACCUGCCACCGAGGAGGCCGACAAGCGCAUCCUGGCAACCGGCAGCUCGGACGAACGCAUAAACGUCUACAGUCUUUCGACCGCUCCUUUAUCGGCGGCGGACCAGCGUAGCGGACCUCGCUUGCCUGUGCUAUCUGGCGCAACAUCAAGCACCGCAGAAAACCCGCGUAAUCGCAGUCUCGGCUCCUUGAACCAUCACGACCGCGCCAUCACCAGCCUCGCAUUCCCAACAAAGUCGAAACUAUUCAGCAGUGCUGAAGAUGCCACGAUUGCAAUCUCUCGCACCCGCGAUUGGACUAUGCUCUCCUCUAUCAAGGCACCCAUUCCCAAGCCCCAGGGUCGCCCCUCUGGCGAUACUGCGGGACCCGGUGAGAUUCCUGCGGGUGUCAACGCGUUCGCAAUCCACCCCAGCCAGAAGCUCAUGCUGAGCGUCGGCCGCGGUGAGAAGUGUAUGCGAUUGUGGAACUUAAUGACGGGCAAGAAAGCAGGCGUACUCAACUUUGACCGGGAGCUACUAAUGCAGGUUGGAGAAGGGAAGUAUAGCAGUGGAGAGGGACGACGAUUGCUGUGGGACGAUGCAGGCGAGCAUUUCAUCGUCGGGUUUGAAAAGGGUGCCGUGGUCUUCGGCAUUGACUCCAAACCUAAGGCGGUGAUCCGGCCGGAGCCGCGAACGAAAAUUCAUCAGAUGCGCUUGGUGCCAUCAGCUUCCGUGGACGCAAGCCGGAACCUUGUCGCUAUUUCAGCGGAAGACGGGCGAGUGCUAUUUUAUGACAUCUCCGCAUUACCGGACACCCCCGAGGACGCGGCCAAACUACCUCAAAUACCGUGCCGUGGUGCACUGGGAGGUCCGGGUGCAGGCAUUGCUGGUCGGGUGAAAGACUUCGAGAUGCUGGCCAUUCCGGGCGAGACUCCAUCAUUGCUCGUCAUCACAGCAAGUAGCGAUGGCGCCCUUCGUUUGUGGAGCAUUUCAGACAAGGAUAUGACAGAAAGCAACGGAAAUGGCGAAGAAACACAACAACUCGGUAUGUUGAUCGCGACACUCGAGACUGGCGAAAGAAUCACGUGCCUGGGAGCAUUUGUCCUGGAUGGCAAGGGCACCGAGGACGAUGAUGACGAA